AUGGGUCUAAACUCAAAUAACAGUGAUGAAAACAAAACAAACCACACAUAUUCUCAUUCUCUCUCUCUCUCUCUCUCUCUCUCUCUCUUCGAUCUAACUCCGUUUCUAUCUCCCUCUCUGUAUAUCUCAUUCACCUUUCUUUCUUUCUUUCUUUCUCUCUCUCUCUCUCUCUUUCUCUAUGUUUUUACUCUCACAUUUUUCUUUGAUCUCUCUCUUUAUCUCUCUUACUCUAUUUCUCUCUUUUUCUCUUCUCUUAUUUCGAAAAUCUCUUACUAUUGUCUUUUUUCUUUCCUUUUCUUUUUUUCAGUUAUAAUUGUUUCUAUUCGAAAAUUCUGUCUUUUCUUCCUUUUAUCUCACUUUUUCUUUGAUCACUCUCUUUAUCUCUCUCUUUCUCUCUCUCUCUCUAUUACUAUUCUCUUUUUUCUCUUUUCUUCUUUUUUUCAUUUUCGUUGUCUCUCACUUUUUUUAUUUCAAUCAACUUCUGUCUCUUCUCUUUAUCACACUCUGUUUUUAUCUCCCUCUCUGUAUAUCUCGUUCUAUUUCUCAAUCCUCACUCUCUCUCUCUCUCUCUCUCUCUCUCUCUCUCUCUUUGAUCUAACUCCGUUUCUAUCUCCCUCUCUGUAUAUCUCGUUCUAUUCCGCUAUCUCUCUCACUCCCUCUCUCUCUUUAUCUCUUCUUGAUCUCACUCCGUUUCUAUCUCCCUCUCUGUAUAUCUCGUUCUAUUCCGCUAUCUCUCUCACUCCCCCUCUCUCUUUAUCUCUUCUUGAUCUCACUCCGUUUCUAUCUCCCUCUUUGUUUAUCUUGUUCUAUUUCUCCAUCUCUCUCCCACCUCUCUAUCUAUCUCUUUUUGAUCUCACUCCAUUUCUAUCUUUCUCUGUAUAUCUCAUUCUAUUUCUAUAUAUAUCCCCUCUCUCUCUCUCUCUCUCUCUCUCUCUCCUUCUCUCCACCAUUUUUCUCAAGGUUUUCAUUCUGUCAUUUUUUCUAUCUUUUCUCCUGUUACUCUAUGAUUUAUAUUCGAAAUUCUCUGUUCAGGAUAUUCCUGUCUCUCUAUUUGAAAUCGUUAUUCAUUCGACUCCCGAUUUUAUUGCUUCUUGCUACUUUUCAUUUAACCCUCUCUCUCUCUCUCUCUCUCUCUCUCUCUCUCUCUCUCUCCCUUACUUCUUUCUAUUUACUUAUCUCAAAAGGUUUUUUUUUUCUCGCUUCUCUGAUUCUCUCUAUAUUCUCUCAUUCACUUCCAAGUUAUUUUCUCAUCAACCAUGCUGA